AGGGGCUUCCAGAAGGACAACGCUGAGGGAAAGAAGAACAGUUAAAGCACUAUAGAAGGAGGACUUUCUCUUCAAACACUGUAGAAAGCCGCAUUCAGACAAAAUGAAAAUCACUUUCACAGGUUUGGCCAGUUUUGUGGCCACCUUUGGUGUCCUCAGCUUUGUAGUUCUCGUUCUGGCAAUUGGAACCGAUUUUUGGUACAUCAUUGACACUUCUAAGAGAGAAAACAGCUCAUCGGUGUCUCUGAGCUCACAUUCUGGACUGUGGAGGACUUGUAACUUUCAUAACCAGUGCUGGCCAUUUAUGAAUCCUUUUGGAGCAGGAAGAAACUUAUCAGAAUCACAAAGGCAGAUACUAAACAUGCAAGGAACGUUCAUCGUCCUGCUGCCUCUCAGCGUGAUCGUGCUGUUUAUUGGAGGAAUGCUGGGCUUCAUCAGUAUGUUGGCACGAGCCUACAUGCUGCUCCUCCUGACCGGAGUGCUGCUUCUGUUCGGCGCUAUGCUGUCAUUGGCUGGAAUUUGUGUCUACAUGGCGUACUCUGCGGCCGCCUUCAAAGAGGCUGUGGACAUCUCUGGCCACAAAACCCUGGAGGACAUUGAGAUUUACUUUGGCUGGUCUCUGAUUCUAGCCUCUGUUUCUUUUGUUGGAGAACUCUGUACCGCCGUGGCGUUCCUACUUACCUCAGCCAGAGUGAGCCAGCUGACCAAUCAGGAAGAACAUGAAUUUUGACAUGGUCUGAAUCAGGACUAUGCUAAGGACAGAAGAGGAUUACACCACAUGAAGGCACUGAAAAUGCCACGCAAACACUGAAAAUUAAAUCGAUGUUUACAUAGUUAUAUUUUAAAAGGA